AUGAACGUUUCAAUGAAAUUCAUUUUUUCAAGUGGAAAUUUUAUUGUAGAACAUUUUUAUGAUAAAUUUGAUAUGUAUAGAGGAUUUUAUUUUACAAAUGCAAUUAAAUCAAGAGUAAAUCGACUAAAUUUGAUUCCUUUGCGGUGUUUGAAUAAUUCACCACUACUUUUUAAAAAAGCAACACAUAAUAAUAAAAAAAGCUUGCCUUAUAAUAAUGCAUUUCAUGGCCGUAAAAGGGUAUUAGUUGAAAAACCUUUAGAAGAUGUUUUAGAGCCUAUAGUUGUUAAAUCACUACCAAAAAAGUUUCAACCUGAAUAUGUUGAUGGUUUAGAAAAGUUACAUUCUUCGCAAAUUUCUUCAAUACUUGAUGAAUUUGUUCGACGUCCUAUGAUACGUAAAAUGUCUUCUGACAAAGGACUUUCAGAAAAAAUAUUUAUAACAGCGUUUAGAAGUUUUAGAAAAAUGUGUAUUCUUGAUGAAAAUCUUGAUAUGAAAAUAAAAUUAUAUUUAAGUGAUAUAUUUAAUAAAAAAGCUUCAAUAGAUAUUUUAUUUGAAUCAUUUUUGGAUCAUGCUAAAAAGAUAUAUCCACAUUUGGAUUCAUUAGAAGAUUUAAAAUUGACUUCAGAUUUGACACAACCGCAUAACUGGUAUCCUGAAGCAAGGAAAAUUCUUCGAAAAAUAUAUUUACACAUAGGGCCAACAAAUUCUGGUAAAACACAUGCAGCUAUUGAAAGAUUUAAAUCUUCAAAAAGUGGUGUUUAUUGUGCUCCUUUAAGAUUGUUAGCCCAUGAAAUAUAUAAAAAGGCCAUAUCUGUUGGUUUAGAGUGUGAUUUAGUAACAGGAGAAGAUCGAAGAUUUGUUUUUGGUGCAGAUAACCCAGCUAGUCAUUGUACUUGUACAGUAGAAAUGCUUUCUUUGACGAAUCCGGUUGAGGUUGCUGUUAUUGAUGAAAUUCAACUUUUACGUGAUGAUCAAAGAGGAUAUGCUUUUACACGGGCAUUACUUGGUGUUCCUGCAGAAGAAGUUCAUUUAUGUGGAGAAGUUGCUUCUUUAGAUAUUGUUAAAAAAAUGUUAGAUCCUAUAGGUGAACAUGUUGUGGUUACGAAUUAUGAAAGAAAAGCACCUUUAACUAUUUGUGAUUAUCCAUUGCAGGAUAUUUCAAAAAUUAAAAAAGGAGACGCAAUAAUAUUUUUUUCUGUAGGGGAAAUUUAUAAAUUUGCUAAACAAUUAAGAAAAGAAAGAAUUCAAUUUUCAAUUAUAUAUGGUAAACUUCCACCGAAAACAAAACUUGAACAGGCAAGAAAAUUUAAUGAUCCAAAUGAUUCAACAAAAGUUCUUCUUGCUACUGAUGCUAUAGAAUUAAUACCAGUUUACAGUGCUUUACAAAUUGCUGGACGUGCUGGAAGAUAUGGUUCAGAAUUUUCCAAAGGAGAAGUAAUGACAUUAGAUAGUAAAUAUACAAAAAUUCUAAAAAAUAUUUUAGAAACACCAAUUGAACCUAUAGAAAAAAGUGGAAUUUCUCCAACUUACGAACAAAUUGAAAUAUUUAGUUAUCAUUUACCAAACGCUAGUUUAGUUAAUAUACUAGAUAUUUUUCAAUCUAUUUGUCGUGUUAAUGAUACUUAUUUUUUGUGUAAUUUCUAUCAGACAAGAUCUUUAGCUGUAUUAAUUGAUGCAAUUGAUUUACCUUUGAAAGUAAAAUAUACCUUUUGUUUAGCACCAAUCAAUCCAGAAGGUUGUAUGUUUCUGCUAACAUCAUUUGUAAAAAUUGCAAGAAGAUAUUCAACUAAUCAAACAAUAUCUUUCCAGUGGUUUUGUGAUCUUAUAAAAUAUCCUUUUGAAGAAAUUCGAAGUGAAAGAGCCCUAUUAAAUUUUUCUUCUGUAUAUGAAUUAAUUACAUUUUAUUUGUGGAUGUCCUUCCAUUUUCCAGACAUGUUUCCAGAUUAUAUCGAAGUAAAAGAAUUAGAAAAAGAAGCUGAUAAACAUAUUCAAAAUGCUUUGAAAUUUUUAUUAAACUAA